GGAGGCGGGGAACGCGGUGAAAAAAAGAAGAGGGGAAAAAAAGAGAGAAAAAACCCUCGCUUUCGUUCAGUGUUUCUUCGGUGGCAGAAGUAGGCCUACAAUCCGAAAAUAGCGUCUCUCUGGUAGCAGAAAGAAAAUGAAACGCAGAAAUAACCGAAAAUUUAUAGAGACAUACUUUGAGGGACAGCAUCUGAGUCUGUCGGACCUAAAAGAAAUGGAGUUACAGCAUGGAUACCUGUAUAAGAACAAUAUCCCUGCUUAUCCUGAAUCUGUGGAGUUCUGUGUUCAGAAAGUGUCUCAUGUCACUGGAGAAAGUGGUCUUAGGGCUAUUUUUCUCGAUUCAGGGUUCAGACAGCCAGCAGACCUGGCCGCUAAUGAUCAGCCCCAUUUCCUCUGGUGGGAUUUAGCAGUCACACCUGAUGACAUAUCCUCAGCUGAGGAGAGUUUCCUCACGUCUUUAUUCCCUCAUCAAAGUUUUGCCCAAAUUCGCAACCAGCCACCUGUCCUUGAGCUCUUCACCAGCUCAAAGGCCUUCCAGGAAAAAUCUUCCUAUGGAAACUUCCGCUUCAUCUUUUCACUUAAAGAGCUACUCUGGCACUAUGGUGAGCAGUUCUGUGGUAACAAAAGUCCAGUUUUGCGUGUGUAUGAGACUGUGCUCUACCGACGAGAGAUUGUCUAUAAUGUUGUAGUGCAUCCUCGUGACAUAAAUCUUUAUGACAGUUAUCCUCGACUGCCCAAUCAGGAGGAGGGUGUGUGUGGGUACCAUGAUGGGGCUUUGUGGUGGUGCUGUCAAGCCCCGUCUGAAACCUACAAGCUGAAACUUAAGGUGAACAAGCUGAAUUGUAAAGUUAAUGUGAGCCCCCACAAAGAAGAAUACUACGUCUGGGAUCAUGUGUGUUUAGCUUUCCACAUGGAGCCGGGGUGGGUGUUGAACGUUGAUCGGAACAAACUGUUUAAAAGGGUGAAUGCAUGUGAAGUGUCUCAGCCGUGUCUUCUGAGACCUCCGGAGACUCCAUUGAGUUUAAACGAGGCUGAGUGUGUACUAGCUGAUCUUAAGGCCGAAAUGGGCUAGGCUAAAACCACAAACCAUAUAGAUAUUAGCCUACAUUCACAAGGAAUUGCAAAGAAAAAUUAUGCUAUGCUUGCUAGAUAGAUCGUGUACACCACUUGCCUUGAUUAAACAGCUUACAUACAAAGCCUUACUUACGAAACAGCACAUUUUUCAAUCAGUGUUUAAACUGUUCAGAUAUAUAUAGAUUUUUAUAUUUCAUAUAUAGUGUAAACUUUGCUACAACAUUAAAAGAACACUCUUAGGAUGAUAAACCUAUGCAACAGUUAUUCUAACUAUCUGGUUGCAGCCUGCUGUUUUUGGAUUGUUUGAUUUAUUAUUAAUGUGCCUUUGCACUGAUCAGCAUUAUUAAAAGGAUAGUUCACUAGGGCUGCACGAUAAAUCAAAAUGAAAUCGUGUAAUCGCGAUUAGACAGAAGCUGUGAUUGUCAUGCGUACCUUUCAGUGAAGCACGGUUCUGUGAUCAGCAGCAAUUCUCCAUCCAAAGGCCAUAGGACACACAACUACGGCAAUAUAUGGUUUAUCUUAUUAUAAUUUUCAUUAUAAUAAAGUAUAUCUUUAAUGCAAGGCUAAUCGACAUAGCCUUUAUCAUGCCUUAGAACACUAUGAAAUAUGUUACCUGCCUUAUUCUGUGUAAGAAGUCACAUCAUCUCACAGAAUGAUUUAUUUCAAAUACUGGGCUGCCGUUAUAGAGUUAGUUUGGAGUAAAAAUAUGUUAUUAAAUGUAGUGUUUUCACGUGCUUAUAGAUGGAGCAGCAUUUACUACACAGAACCAUAGUUCACUGAGAAGGUACGAAAACAGCUGUCAUUAUCGCAAAAGAUUUAUUUGAUUUCAUAAUCGUAUAAUUAUAUU